ACUUAUGUUGAAGGAAUCAAAGAGGAAGUUGUUUUAUCCCCUGCUCAUGCUCUGUCCUUGAUAGCAACUGGAGAAGAACACAGGCAUGUUGGUUCCAAUAAUUUCAAUCUUCUUAGCAGCAGGAGCCACACAAUAUUCACCUUGACUAUUGAAAGCAGUUCAUGUGAAGAAAAUCCAGGGGAAGAAGAUGUUACUUUGUCUCAGUUGCACCUUAUUGAUCUUGCAGGUUCUGAAAGUUCCAAAACUGAAACAACUGGGCUGCGUAGAAAGGAGGGCUCAUACAUAAAUAAAAGCUUACUCACUCUUGGCACCGUGAUCUCUAAACUGACAGAUGGGAAGGCAACUCAUAUUCCCUAUCGAGAUUCAAAACUCACUCGUUUGUUACAAUCAUCUCUUAGUGGCUAUGGACGGGUAUCUCUUAUUUGCACUAUCACACCUGCCUCUAGCAACAGUGAAGAGACACACAACACAUUAAAGUUUGCCCAUAGGAGCAAGCAUGUAGAAAUCAAGGCUUCGCAAAAUAAGAUUAUGGAUGAGAAGUCCCUCAUCAAGAAGUAUCAGAAAGAAAUUUCCUAUUUAAAGCAAGAGCUUCAGCAAUUAAAGCGUGGAAUGAUGGAGAAUCCAUAUAUGGCUACAUCAACCCAGGAAGAUUUAGUUAACUUGAAACUUCAGCUGGAAGCUGGUCAGGUUAAAUUACAGUCAAGACUGGAAGAAGAGGAACAAGCAAAGGAAGCUUUAAUGGGAAGAAUUCAACGAUUAACAAAACUAAUCCUGGUUUCAACUAAGAAUUCCAUGCAAUCAAGCAUUCAUGGAAGACCUGGCCAUAGACGGAGGCAUUCUUUUGGGGAAGAUGAGCUAGCAUAUUUGCCAGAUAGAAAACGAGAGUACGUUGUUGAGGAUGAUGCUGGAAGCUAUGUUUCCGGGCUUUCAGCAGAAGGGAGGGAUGAUAUUACUAAUAUAGAUGAGCUGGUCAAAGAUUUCAAAAGGAACAGGAGGCGUGGAAUGCUUGGCUGGUUUAAACUGAAAAAGCCUGAUAAUCUCAUUGGAUUGCCACCAAAUGCUGAUAGUGGGAGCUCUGCAAGUGGUUCACCUGCAUCUUCUUCAAAAUCAUCACAAAAUAGGCUGAUGUUAAACGGUGCGAAGGAUGGAUGGAGAAAAUCAACCAGUAGACAGCAAGAUGCUUCCCUACUUCUUGAUUCAUUUCCUGAUAGCACCCAAGCAGGUGACUUAUUUAGGGCAGCUGCUGGAGUUCAUGGCUUGGCACAGACUGGGAUUACCAUUACCGAUCAGAUGGACCUUCUUCAUGAACAGAUGAAAAUGUUAGUAGGAGAGGUGGCCUUAUGUACCAGUUCUUUGAAAAGGCUUUCAGAGCAAGCAGUCGGCAACCCGGAAGACUCACAGCUCAAGGAGCAAAUGCAGAAAAUGAAGGAUGAAAUUAAUGAAAAAAAGCAUCAAAUUCGUGUACUUGAACAACGAAUGAUUGGAUCUGUAAAUAUGAGUCCACAUACAUCAAAUAAUGCUGAAAUGUCACAGGCUUUGUCCAAGCUUACUACACAACUAAACGAGAAAAUCUUUGAACUUGAGAUUAAGUCUGCAGAUAAUAGGAUCCUUCAAGAGCACUGCAAGUGAAAAUGUCAGAGAAUGCUGAAAUGCAAGAAACUAUCCUUUUACUAAGGCAACAACUCAGUUCAUUACCAGAGAAUCACUCCAAGAAUCCAGAGAAAAUUGCAGAAAAUGAGGUUACCAAUCUCCCUUGUUCUAAAGAGCUAUUAGUAAAGAGCAUUGAGAGAAGGAAGGGAAUUGGAUCACAUGAAGAAACUUGCAUGGAUGUAGCCACACCAACAAGUGUCAUGAGCUUGAAUAGAAUAUUUUCUCGAGAGGACAAUAGAGAGGGUAGUGAUGAGACUUACCUAAAUUCACAAGUCCAUAUGCAGGCUGCAGAGAUCGAGAAUUUGAAACUAGAGAAGGUAAAAUUGAUUGAAGAAAGGAUGGGCUUGAAAUUCAAGUCAGAAACUGGCAGAGGAAGCAUCAUAUGCAAAAGAGUUGGCUGCGCUGCGGCAGUUGAGCUACGGAACUUGGCUGAAGAGUGACCAGGCUUUCUUAUGAAAAUGCAAACUUACUGGUGAUCUGGCUGCUGCAAA